CAUUACUUUGGUUCUCAUCAAUUUCAUGUAAAUAGUUUAAUAUUUUAUAAAUUAAAAACUAUGAUUUCAUUCAUUAUAUAUAACCUUAUCUUCUAAAGUUAGGAAAUCAAAGCUCUUUUUUUUUCUUGAAUCAAAAGAUGAAGUUACUUGGUUGGAUGCACAGGAAAUUACGGCAGAAUAAUAGUACAGAACCAUUCAAAGACUUGGUCAUUGGAAAUUCAUGCAACUGUUUAUCAGGCCAACCAUCAGUUGAUGAUGAACAAAACUAUCAUCAAAAACCAAAUUUGAACAUCAAAUUCACCAAACAAACACAAAAAACUCAGAACAAUUUGAGAAAAUCAUUUGCUAGUCUACAAUCAACAAGAGAAGAAGAAGAUGAAGAUGAAUACGAUGAUGUAGAAUCACAAGCUUCAAUGUUUGAUCUCUUCCCUGGUUUUCUUGCAAUUGGAACACUUGGUUCUUCAGACCAAACCAUUUCAUCAACACCAACAUUGUUUCCAAUUUCAGUUGAAACCAUAACUGAAAAUGAAGAUCAAGUUGUAACUGAAAAUGAUCUCAAACUCAUCAAUGAUGAGUUGGAGAAAGUUCUUACAAAAGAUGAUCUUGUUGUUGGUAGCUAUGAUUCUUCUAGAAGAAACAGCCACGUCAGCACCGGUAGAAAUAGCCACGUCAGCAUUGUCACAAUAAGUGGAAAACCAAUUGAAAACAAUGAAGGGUACCAAUACCUGACAAAAGUCGAAGGUGGGAAAGAAUUUAGCAACACAGAGUCAUCAAUUUGUCCAUUACAAGGAUACUUGUUUGGAACAGCUGUUGAGUAUUCUGAAACAGCAGCAGUUAGUGUUGGGAAGAAAGAACAUCAUAGGACUUCACUUGGUGAAUUGUUUCAGAGAAGCAAAUUGGUUGGUGAUGACAACUUUGUUGCAAAGGAUUAUGAUAAAAGAAGUGAAAGAGAUCAUGCUGACAAAUUUUCUGCUAUGAAUUUGGUCAAAGAAAAACUUAAAAGGAGAAUGUUUCAUUCUUGUUCUAAAAACUCUUCAUCUAUUGAUUCUGCUUCUGCUGAUACAAAACUCAAUAAGAUUCUCCAUAUGUUCAGAAAGAAAGUUCAUCCAGAAAAUUCAACAAUUGGACAAAAAUCUGGUAGAAACAGAAAGAAUGAGAACAAGAAGAAAAUAAUGAAUGAUGGAGGGUAUAACAAAGGCUACAUUGUGAAUCAAGAGGAAGAUUCAGCUUCUUACAGGGAGCAUUGGAUCAAAACAGAUGCAGAUUACUUGGUUCUAGAGCUUUGAAAGGAAAAGAAGAAAUUGGGUUGUUUUAAGUUGUUAUCAUUUAUUAGUAAUGUGUAAUGUCUUGCUUGUACUUUUAUAUAUCUUAUUCAUCACUGUUUGUGACAAAUACCAAACUUAUUAAUUAUUAUAUAUAUGAAGAAGCAGUUUGGUUUGAUAUUCAAGAGAAUAA